CUUGUACACACUAGGAGACAGACAAUAACAACAUAGUCACUCCAAGUUAUACUCUCUGUCAUGGCUUUUCUUCUAACGGUAUUGGUGUAUGCUCAUAUUGCACUAAUACAUGAAAUUUUAUGUCCACAACUCACUUUUAUCUUUUAUUCCAUCAGCAUCAUUUCACUUUCACCAGCCAGCAUCAUUUUACUAGCUUUCACUUUCUACAUCACCAUUGUUUUACCCCAGCUCAGCUCAGUACAGUUACAUCCCUGUGUGGACCCAGAUUAAGAUUGUCAUUGCUGCCAGCAGUGUCUGUCAUGGAAUUUCAG